GUCAACUCCUAGUUUUCAACAAGUGUGACUAGUGAACGACUCAAAACGGACAUAAACCACGUUACCACUAACAUUGGACGCAUGUUGUAUACAUAAAGUUACUGCAAGAUAUUGGUCAACUUGGCAUAACACAACUUCAUAUUAAAUCAACAGUCAGUGUACGUGGACGACACGGUAUUCGGAUGUUAAGGUGUGAAAGAAUGUGAAAGCUAACGGUCGGUUUCAGUCUAUAAUACUGUUUAUUUGAACGCGAAAUUUGAUUUUUCACAACUAUGUUUGGGAGGAAGAAAGAUCGAGCGAAAAUUUCGGACAAAGAUCCAGUGUUCAAUGCCCGUUUUAUCGGAAGUACGGAAACGUUCAUGGCUAGUGGGAAAGGAUGCACCCUGACACCAGUACAAACACUGUGGGAUAAUGCCGGUGAGGAGAAACACAUGAAAAAAGUUUUGGUGGUGUUAGGUAAAACCGGAAUGUUGGUGAAAUUCGUGGAUAAAAAGGAACCCAAUAUCCCGUUUCCUAUAGAGAAUAUAUCAUUUUGUAAUGCUGAUAAAAUUGUUAAUGACAGAAUAUUCUGUUGGAUCAGUCGCGAUCCCAGUUCUAAAAAAUUACAAUGUUAUGCUGUAUUGUGUGGUAGUAAGGAACGAGCUCAAGCCAUGGCACUAGUUCUAUCUCGAGCUUUUCAAAUUGCUUAUAAAGACUGGAAAUCAGAUCGGGAUCGAGAAGAAAGACAAAAACAUUCCAAACUUCACGAAUCUGAAAGUGAAUCGUCCACUCCUAAUAGAAGUCCCAUCAAUCAACUUUCUAAGUCGGGAAACGGUGUAGAUUCUAAUGGAAACAAUCACGAUAGGAAACUUUCCCAUGACAGUAAUUCCUCAGGUUCGGGAUUUGCUAGUAGCACCAUAUUAGAUCCCGAGCUAGAAGAGGCUAUAGAUCAAAACUCGAAAGUCCAUGAUGAAAUAUUUGAAGCGGAAGAUGAAAGAGAGUAAUAGUAGGUAACUUCUAGUCGAGGGACAGCAGUUCAAUCAAUAUGCAUAAAUAUUUGAUAAAUUCUAUUGUAUAUAAUGUAUAUGUAACCUAAAUUAUACUAGUGAAGUUUGUUAUUAUUUACCAGCAGGUAAAAGACUAUGGACUCGUACUUAGAGCAUGGUUUGAAUAAACGGAAGUUAUCAAUCAAUUAUCUGCUACUUGUAUGAUUAGAGUCAAUAUUUUAAAUUGUUAAUAAAUUCAGCUAGAGUGAAACAUCAUUGACAAUAACUGAUUCACUAUGUUCAUUGUAUGUCCCUGUAAAAACUGUUCUUUGUACAGAGGAUUACCACCAGCAAAACCAUAUUGUCAAUUCUAGAAUAUUUCAGUAGAUAACACAUGUGGAACGAUCUGAACAUUUAAAACAUACAAGGUUAACAAUGUUGACAUUCACCCGGUGGCAAUGCUAGACCCUCUGGUUUUAAACCAAAUUUGUUGAAGAAUUUUUGAUAAAUUUCAACAUUUGAUCAGGAGAAAUCGACGUGUCAAUAAACAAAAAAUGAACAUAAUUGAUAGUACACAAUGACAGAGGCAAGAUAUUUGAGUCGGUUUCACUUCCCUCAUUCAACACCAGCCGAUUUUCUCACAAUGUUUCAUUGAUUUCAAUUAUUUGAAUCAUUUCCAAGAGCUAUUUUGUGAGGCUAGAAAAUACAUUCAUGUUAUGGAUUAUAUUCUAUUAUAUUGUACAAAAUAAAUCCUAUUAUUCUGUUAUA